CCUUGUCCUGGAGUCAGCAGUGCAUCGAGCUGCCUUCUCUGUAGUUUCUAAGUCAGAAAAUUGGAACUUGCUUUCACGAUCUUUUGCCCAGCCCAGCAAAGACUAGGAGGUCUAACUUCACUUUUUAGCAAGUCGUGUAGCCCCGUAAGCUCUGGUGUGGUGGACCUUUGCAAGAGAAAGAAGGUUUAGGCUGAGGUUUUACUCUUCGCAGAGUGAGCAUCACAGACGUGGAACCAUCCAUUAACAGUGUAGGAUUAUUUCUCUUUUGAACCGCUGAAAACAGUGUAAUAAGGAUGCAUUCGGUCCAGAGAAAUCUGCUGCUCUUCACCUGUCUCUUAAUUUGGACAGUUUUACUUACUCUGGUUAAAGGGAUGCCGGCAGGAAAGAACACUCACCUUAGCCAGGUCCCAAAACAGCAAAGGGCUCAACUGCAACAGGUUGAAGUUAAUGCUGAAGUUGCAGCCAGUCACGGAGACUACCCCAACAGAGUAAAUCAUGUUCGAACCAGCAUUCUGAACACAUCACGUCGCCAGAAACGUAGAGGGAUCCAGCAGUACAAUAGUGACAUCCAAACACAACCUAUAAACUUGCUACAACAGGAGGAAGAUGAAGAGACCAAACCUUUUGUUCUGGACCUAAACAAUAUUCCUGAUCUGGCAAAUGCUGACCUUGGUGCAGAGAAUCCAAACAUCCAGGUAACCAUUGAAGUAGUCGAUAAUCCUCAAGCUGAAGUUGAGAUGGAUUUGCUGAAGGAGCCCAGGAAUGACUGGCCAAUUUCUUCUUCAGAGUGGCUGACAGAGAAGGGACUUUUCUGGCCUCUAUUCUGGGAGUACACCGACAGUGAUAGUCUUGACACCACACUGUCAAACCCUGAAGGAGAUGGAGACUUUGAUGAGGACUACAUGACAGAAUAUGAUGGAGAAGACACAGUUCUUAGUGGAAUAGGUGGAGUCUGGGACAGAAGAUGGCCAUUACAGAAAAACUGGAGCUUUAAGGAGAAGUAUAAUUAUGACUAUGAAGAUGAAGAGGAAUGGAGUUCUUGGUCUGCCUGUAGUGUGUCAUGUGGAAGUGGGAACCAGAAACGAACUAGAUCCUGUGGAUAUUCCUGUACUGCAACUGAGGCUAGGACUUGUGACCAGGAGCGUUGCCCAGGUGAUGAGAUGGAUUUUGCCACUGAAGCAACUCCAUUUAAUGAUGCUAACAAAACAGGCUUAUUAAAUACAGAUGUGGACAGCUGUGAGAAAUGGCUGAACUGCAGGAGUGAGUUCCUAAUCAAAUACAUCGACAAGGUACUGACCGACUUACCCAGCUGUCCUUGUUUCUAUCCAUUAGAAGCUGUCUAUAGUGUGGUCAGUAUCUAUGAUGAAAAACAGGAAAAGUCUUUUCGUUGGCGAGAUGCCAGUGGGCCCAAGGAGCGUCUGGAUAUUUACAAGCCAACUGCUAAAUUCUGUAUCCGUUCUAUGCUCUCCUUGGACAGCACGACACUUGCAGCACAGCACUGCUGCUAUGAUGACAACACGACACUCAUAACACGUGGAAAAGGAGCAGGAGCCCCUAAUCUCAUCAGCACUGAAUUCUCACCUGAGCUCCACUACAAAGUAGACACAUUGCCUUGGAUUUUAUGCAAAGGAGACUGGAGCAGGUACCAUGAGGUCAGACCUCCAAAUAAUGCACUCCACUGUGAGGACAAUCCCUCAGAUGACAUUUAUUUGUCUCAGCUGGAAGAAGUAAAAGAAUAUUAGAAAGGGUUGUCCAAGACACAUGAGAUUUAGAGCAAACAAAGUGCACAUUUGAAUUUAUACAGUACAGGGACUACAUGCAUAUACAAACAGUCAUCAGUGAAGUCUAUAAAACAAAGCAGGAGCCUUUGCACCAGCAUCCUACUGACAACAGAGGCAGAAGAAAAGUUACAAUAUAAGCUGGAACAUUUUCUGCUCACCAAACUUCAAGUUGGCUGGCUAUAAUACAGCCGUAAUGCAAGCUCUGUUAACAGAAAUAUCACAUUUUGGUUUCCCAUGGUCUUAACAGUAGCUGAGAGGAUGUUUGAAAUUUGUCUGUGGACAGCUUUGUGUUUGUAUUACUUGGAGAAUAUUCAUCUUGGAGUUGAAGUCAUAGCAUGCAUGAAUUAGGGGUUUCUCAGUUUUCCAAGUAAUAUUACUUGUGUGCAGCUUACCUGUCUAUAUUGAACACACAUGGGGUUCAUUGGAGGCAAUCAAUGUGCAAUUCCUGUUAUUUGUGCUGAGUUAUAGUUCAUUCAUUUUGGAAUAAUUUUCUCUUAUUUAUCCCCUAGUCUCUAUAUUUUAACUGGAAAAGUGUGUGACGAGAUCUCCGGUCAAGGUAUUUAUCACAGAAGAUAGUAAGUGGUGCUUAAUGAAGAUACAUUCAUAAGUUGCCAGUCAGUGUUUGGCUCUUUGUUCAGAAGUUUAUGUAUAUAUAGCAUUGUACAGAAAGAAGUAUUGGAACUUACUUGAUCUGCUAAUUAUUUUAUGUAUUGUAUAGCCGGAAUAUAGUGCAGACCUGAGUGAGUAAUGCACAGAAUGUGUAAUCAUGCAAGUGCUACUUCAAGUUUUUUUUUUUUUGCCAUGUGAAUUAAAAAUAGUGAGCAUAAAGAUGCAGUGGAAUUAUUCAAAUUCUGAGCAAGAAUUCUUGCCUAGAUUUCCAGACUGUGUCUCACAUCUUUUACCAAAAGCAAUGUUUUAUUUUCAUAUCCUUUUGGAGGAAAUGAUUCCUUGCACAUUAGCAGUAUCAAACAUAAGUCAAAGGAGACAGACUGAAGCUGAACUAUAUUAAAUGAACUGUAGUCAUUAUGCAGAAUUUUAUAAGUCACAGUUUGUCAAGAAGUUCUCUAAAAUUCUUUUGUAAAAGUCUGCUUUGUGGAGGCCUUUGUUAGUGGACGCCUUUUUUAGAUCACUGAGAAGAAAAUCCAAGGGUGGUAUGGAAAUUACUGGAAAUGCAUGGUCUGCGUCAGACCUUUUACAUUGUUAGAGCUCAGCUUUCACUGCAACAGAGAGUACAACAAGCCAUUUAAGGACUUGGGGUCCAGUGCAGAUAACUACAACUGAACCAUGAGGCCCCUUAGGUUAGUACCCAAUAUGCUAAGUGCAGUGUAUAACCCCUGGAAGAUGCACAGUUUACACAGGGUCAAGCAUGCAGUUACUGCUGGAGGAGAGCUUCCCAUUGAAAGUCAACCACAAAAUUGCGACUCUAUAUAACUGUAAAAGUUGCAGUUUUUUACAUAUUUAUAAAGUUUUUUUUGUAAGAAGACUGCACCCCCCUCCAUUGAUCUCCUUUUGGGGGCUUCACUUCCACAUUUGCUGCCUCUGCAUAUACUACCUCUGGGUUCACUGCACCUCAACAUAAGGGAGAAAAUGGUCUUUAAAAUAAGUUGUAAUUUUUGUAGUUAUUUUAUGGUUCAAAGUUACAGAUGGGAGUUCUGUAGGCUUCUUCUGAGGCCAUAUGAUUAAUCUGUAAUUAUACCAGAAGUAGGGCAGGACAAUGGCACAAGGGGUAGCAUUGUAAUCUCAGAACGAGAGAUUCCUGUGCUCAGUUCUUGGUUAGGGUGCCUUCUGUUUCAAGUCAGUUCUUUCUCUGCAUGAUUUUUUGCAGUGCUCUGGUUUUCUCCCACAUUUAUAAGACAUUGGGUGGGCUGACUGGUGACUACUAAAUUGUCACUAGGGUUCAGCUUUGACUAAUAAGCAUGGCUGGAUGAAUACUACAAGUAAUGGUUUGUUCAUAGGAUGUAAAAUGUGACAUUAGGCCUGACCAUUGAAUAGGUAUGAAUAAUGUCUUCAAGCUAUUCGGAAAGGAAAAUGAUUUCAACCAUGCUGUAGUUUCAGAUUGUAAAAGUGAGUGUUCCCCAUACAAACACUUCUGCUGUCAAACCUAGAAUAUUUUCUACAUGGAUGACGUUUAAAGACAGGUAUAUUCAGAUAAAUGAUCUAGACAUGGUGUGCUGUCUACCUUAUCAGUAACUUAACAAGUAAGCUACUAGGAUAGAAUGUUAUGAUAUCCUAGAAUAGAAAAUGUUCACAGUGAAUAAUAACUUUGGGGUAUAGUCAUCCAGCAUAUUGAAAUACACUUGUGGAUUCAUCUAAAGCUGUUACUUUAUGCUUUCCCAGAAAAGCAGACUUGUAGCUUUUUCAUUCAUUGCUGAACAUUCUCAAUACUUUCGACCAAAAAGGGUCCCAUGUGAACAUUGUGUCAUCUAUUCAACCCUCUAUUUAUGAUUUUUCAUGGCUAAUGAUCCCCCCUCCUUUCAUGUUUUGUAAUUCUUUUCAUGUCUAUGUUCUGACACUUGUUGCUGUUAGAGAUUAAUAAUGUCAUUUCUCUCAUUCCUUCCCCUACUGUAACCAUGUACAUGUUACAUUAUCCUAUCUUCAUAUGUACCUUGUGCUACACACCUUCUACAAUUGUUGUUGCUAUCACUGAAGCUACCUCUGUUGUGUUUAUUUCCUUGUAGAUUUGAUACCUACAGAACAGCAUGCAAGCCUGUCCCAAUUUGUAAAGAGUUCCUCUCAAUGUAAGUGACCUUCUGUGUCAGACCUAUCUAUAAACAGGCAUACACUGGGAACCAGAUUGCAAAGUACUUGCUUUCAGAGUAAGUGAGUUAAAAUUUUGGAUUAGUUUUGAAUGGAAUCAGCUUAUAGAAAUUUAGAGUCAAGUUAUUGCUUUACUAUGAGGAGUACAGCAUAUUGCCCUCUUUACUGUAAUUUUCCUAUAUACUUAAUAUCCUUUGUCAUUUUGGUUUGUCCUGGUUACAAUGUAGCUCUUGUCAUUCAAGACAGUAUGGCCUUUAUGACCCAUAAAAAGUGAUCAAUUGUUUAUAGGGUUAACUACCUCCAGCUGCCAUUGCAAGGAAUGUCUCAUCCAUGAGACUUAGAAUUACCAUAGUUGCUAACCUUGCUGUGAUCCAGGAUCAAGGACCCUCAUUAAUGAGCUCUUAGUUGGGGGCAUCUUCUACACCAGUCACAAUACAGUGCUAUUUUUCCUGUAACAUCCUACUUUAGGGACUUCACACCCACACUACCAUAUGCAGUGAGACAAUGGUCUGGUUCUGUAAGCAUAUAUACCUACAGAACCCACAAGUUCACCCCAAGUCUGUUUUGCUGCUUGAACAAUUUAGAUGUCAUUUCUUGCUAUCACUUGAAAAGUCCUGGGUUCACAUGCCUAAAUAUCAGCGUCACAAUAAGUGCUCAUGUGGUAGUCAGAUUCCUGCCCAACACCUACACUGGCAUUACCUGUUCUGUCUUGAGGAAGAGCAUGGCACUGCCAAUUGUAACAGAUGCCAGAGGUUCUACCUGGCUAUUUGAAGAUGGGGGUAUGAGAAGCUGUGGCUCUAUGUCAUAGAUUUCUGAGUUGUCUUCAUAUGAACAUUAGCAGAAGACUGCUAGCAUAAACAGCUUGUUCAAGUUAUGAACAGACAUUGUCUAUGUUUUACUGUACGUUAGUUUCAGUAUAUACAAAAAUGUGUUAUGUAUAAAGAAAUCAAAAUGCCAAAGCCAUACCUUUUUAACCACUUACUUGGAGUCAGCAGGUAAAACAUUAUGGUGUCUUUUGAAGCAAAACCAUGUUAUUUUACUCCUGGAAGUUUUUAACCAAGAUCUUAUUGUAUUUUUUUUACUUUCAAUUAAGGCACUUUAUUUUCAAAUACACAGUUCUAACAUUUUUUUUUAAUUUUUAAUUGUAUUACAGUAUUUAAAGGGAUCACAAACAACAUGAAAAUGCUGAAUAUUUUAACAGUCUUGUAUUAAUAGCAUGAUAUCUGCUUUUGUUUAUGUAUUCUGUGUACAGUAUUUAUUUUAUGAUUAUUACAAUAGUUUAAUAAGUGACAAAUUAUCAAAUUAUUUUAUGAAACUGGAGAUGCACUAUUGAAAGAUUUUAGUGGGACUUUUGCAGUUUUGAAAAUGGAACUUGUAUUACAUACACCAUUAAUUUUUCAAUAAAUUACUGUCAAUAAAACAUUUGCAUUAAA